GUCAGGAGUGAUCUUUACCAAAUUCGUAUUAAAGAAUCAGAUUCACUCACAGAAGAUAGGACUCACCUGUGGCAGUGAAACCUCUUCUCAGUAAACUGUGAUACCAGUUAUCAUAUUAUAUCAGCCAUUGGACUUGUAAAAUAGCAUCGAUCUAGAGAUACUUCAGGUGUUCAGAUGAUCGAGACUAAAGUGAGAGACUCGCCCAUCGACUCUGUGGUGGUCUACCAAGAUCGUGCCGACGGUCAAGAGAGGUUGUCAGUUCAUCUUGCUAGAUCUACUGGAGAGAAUGGGUUCCUACCACGCCCAGAUACAAUCAAUACCAGGCCGUAUUUUUCAACUUCGUUCAGCUCCUCUGACCUGACAGACUAGUGUCGACCAUGUCACGUACCAGAACUCUGUCAGGGAGCUAGGGCAAGGCUGUGAUCACUGAUGUGAUAUACUCGUCAAAGGAGAGCUCCAAUGAUGAACUAACAACCACUGGUAGUAAAGAGGAGCUUGAACGCAUCAAGGAAGACGAAGAGUUUGGAUGAGUUAGCUGCUAUGGCUCCUCUGUCACUGGCUAGAGCAAGCUGUGUACAGUCAUCAGGGGAAAAGGAUCGAUCUUCUCCCCCACCAGCUCUUGAGGUUGCUGUAGCUGAGAUGACUACUGGAUUGUUCUGCAACACGUAUGCCAUUCCCAGAGCCACAACCAUCCCAGCUGACAGCACUGAGCACAAGGUGCUGAUAGCUCUGGUUGACCUGGUCCCUGAGCUGACGUACAGCUCUGUCCCUCGACUCUCCCCUCACUCCUUCCUGCAAGCCAAGGCUACCAACUCCUCACCAUACACCAUCCUGGCUGGCCGGACCAGCCAACGUCUUCCUGGAUAACAAUUUUAUCGCUAAGUCGACAAUGAGUGGUGUGUAUCCGAGGGAUGAGUUUGUGAGGUCCCUGGGAGUAGACCAGUCGAUCUGCAUCACUGUGAGACCAGUGGCCACAGUGCACAACACUCGCACUGCCAUGCUGGGAGGGGCAAAGACAAACACC